GUCUUUCACCUGAAUAUACCUGAUCAAAACAUAACAUUUAAAACCUGAGGACACCACGACACCAGAGACAAUCCAAUUCCUGAGCGCCUUUUAAACGUCAGCGCAAGGGAAAAAGUCCGAACUGGCCCUCUAGCUUAGCAAAAUGACACCCUGGACGAUAGCAGGCAAAAUACUUCAGCCGGUAUUCGGUACCCUCGACCGCUUUGUUCCAUCCGCUCCACCCAAGCCAAUUCAGCUUCCGCGCCGGGUUACUCCCAUGCCUCCGACCCCACCGCUGUUCAUCGAGGCCAUCAUAGAGCGUUUGGACGCACGCAAAGAGGCCUGGAUCAAGAUGCCGUGCAGCGAGCGAGCCGACCUGUUGCGUGAGUGCAUGACUUGCAUGAUGAAGGUUGAGGAGGAGCUAGCGCGCGUGUCCACACGGGCCAAAGGCUCGUACGGCGUUGGCAUUGGAGAGGAAAGGAUGGCGCUGCUGCCCAUCAUGUUGGGUCUGGGCGAGUACGUGGCGGCGCUGCGGGCGGGUGGCUGCCCCCCGCCGGUGGGGGUGAGGAGGCGGCGGGAUGGGCAGCUGGUGGCGCAGGUGCUGCCCGCCGGACCCAUGGGUCUGCUGCUGCCCAACUUCCGCGGGGAGGUGUGGAUCCAGCCCGGCAAGCCGCCCUCCCAGGGCGCCGUCUACCGCCGCAAGGCGCAAGAGGCCAAGGCGGCGGAAGCGGAAGCGACCCGUGGGUCUGCUGGGCCCUUCUGGCCCCUAACUGCCGUACUGCGCAACCGCCGCAAGAAGAACAAGAGCAACAACGGCAGUAGCGGCAAUGGUGGCGGGGAUAAGGCCGACGGAAGCAAUGGCGACGACAAUGGUAACAGCAGCAGUAACAGGUGGCAUAAGCACGGCGGCAAUAUCCGCAUCAACAGCAUCAGCACCAACAGCAAUGCCGGCUCAAUGGCGGAGUGGAGGGCAGCUGAUGAUGAGCAGGAGGGCGGCGGCGGCAGGCGGGGAGGCGGAGUGGCGCUGGUGCUAGGUGCCGGCAACCAGGUUCCCGUGGUGGCUCUGGACCUGUUGCACAAGCUGGUGGCGGACGACGAGGUUGUGAUCGUGAAGACAAACCCGGUGAAUGACUACAUCGGACCGCUGCUGCGAAAGGCCUUCGCCCCGCUGGUCGACGCGGGCUUCCUGGAGUUUGUGUACGGAGGGAGGGAGACCGGUGAGCUGCUAACCCGUCACCCCAAGAUCACCUCCAUCCACCUCACCGGCUCGGUGGACACGUACAAUGACAUCGUGUGGGGUGACAGCAGCGGAGCAGCAGCGGGGGCGGCAGGCGGAGGAGACGGCAAUACUGAGGACAAGAGAAAG